UUCUUGUAAUGACAUUUAAAAGUCAAUCAAAUCAGUCAAUUCUUUCAGUAAGUUAACAUGGUUCUUAAUUGUAUUUGGUCAAUUUCGUUAAUAACUCUAUUAACAAUCACAAGUUUGAUUUCCUGUGAUGAGUUGAAACAAUUUAAUGAAUCAAUUUCAAUCUCUGAGAUUUCCGCUGGUGAUACUAAUGUAAUUUUCACCAUUUAUGCUCCUCUUGCAGUUCUCGAUGAUUAUAUUCAAAGGUUCGAUAUAACUUAUCAACUGGUCGGUGUUGAUGGUCAGGCUCAACCGAAAACAGAGUCUUAUCGUCCUUCGAGUACUGGUUAUCGUUAUGACGUUGAGAUCAAAGAUCUCGAGCCAAAUGGACAAUAUAUAUUCAACAUUAUCGCGAUUUAUGGUAAUAGGAAUGGUACAUCGGAAUACUUUUUAGCCGCAUUCGAAAAGGAUAUCGAAGUGACCUUACAUCCAUUGGCACCUAAAAACUUUGUAACCAGAGAGCUAAUUAUUAGACUAGAAGGAAACAAAGUGGCAAAUUAUUUCGUACAAGUUGAUAGGGUCACAAGUAUCAACGAUCUACAUCCCGUUAUUCAUGCGACAGUUUAUCCUGAAAUUGGUAACACUUUACCUUUACACUUGAUCGUUGGUGAACGUUACAAGGUUAAAAUUUGGUAUAUUGAUUUAGAUGGCAACAAAUCAGCAAUCAAUGAGAAAACAUAUUUAGUGUAUUGAUAUUGAUGCAUAAUUAAAGCAAUAAAUUCAUUUUUGCACAGAAAUACAAUUUAUUAAAUUGUGUUAACAAUUAGUUGACUUGUUUUUAUUUUUCCAGAA